AUGGCUCUCACAUCUAUGGAAAUCGGAUUUGAGAUCUUCAAUGAGACUUCCUUUGAUAAUUGGGUGGACUUAGCUGCAGCCCCAGCUUUGCCAGCUAGUUUGAGUUUGUAUAACGAGCUUAAGGAAUUGGGCUUCAAGAUAUUCCUCUUAACUGGGAGAAGUGAAUUUCAAAGGAAUGCCACAGGGGCAAACCUUCUGAGUUCAGGGUACAGAGAUUGGGAGAGGCUCAUCUUAAGAGGGUCUUCUGAUCAAGGCAAACCGGCCACUACUUACAAUUCUGAGAAGAGAGCAGAGUUGGAGAAUGAAGGCUACAGGAUCCAUGGGAACUCUGGGGAUCAGUGGAGUGAUUUGGGGGGUUAUGCAGUGGCUGCACGGUCUUUUAAACUCCCAAACCCAACGUACUAUAUUCCUUAACAUAGAAAUGGCUUCUCAGAAAUCUGUAUUCUUUUUCACAAUUGCCUGUUGUAUUACCUGCCCAUGAUUUUUCAUGGUAAGAUCACGCUUGUUACAACAGGGAUUCUUAGUGACACUAGUUUCUAAUGUGUUGCAUGUUACAUUAAACUUUGAGGAAUAAUUCUUUUUUUUCUGUUUUGUGUGUGUACAAUGAUGAUGCUGA